GUUCCAAGACACUUCCCGCAGUAGAGUCCUGCGAACACAGUAGAGCUGUGUUACAACAGCAUUGCUGUUUACUUCUGCCACAGCAUUGCUUUUCACCUUGCAACAGCACGCCAAAGUUUUCAGCAUGAAGAGAACGCCGCUCAUAUGUGCCUUGUUGGUGGCGUGGGUGGCGGCGCUGCUCUGCGUCGCUGAGGUCCCCUCUGCUUGUGAACCGGAUUGCAGCGGCAAGAAACCGAUGGAUUUGGUUGAGGAUCCUUUGAACUGCAAUAAUUAUUACAUUUGUUUGGGGGACGGUAUUCCCUCGGAUGUUUCUAUACCGUGUGACAGUGGUAAUUAUUUCGACCCAACAGUAUUUGAUUGUGUUACUGGCGACUCUUGUUACUCUGCCUGCAUGCCAUUACCUUGCCAUUUAACAUGUAACGGGAGCCUGGACAAGAUCUCUGACCCAAAAGACUGCAGCAUCUAUUACAUUUGCUCAGCUGGCAACAUUACUGGACCCUAUGAUUGUCCCGCUGACAGACCUUAUUUUAGCGGCGAGACUUGCGUUAAGGACGAAACUGUGUGUUGCGGCGACCUGUGUUAUGCGUACUGCCAGGGUGGCAUAGCGGAGAUUGCUGACCCCUACGACUGCCACAAGUUCUAUAUGUGCCCUGAGGCGGGACCGGCUGAAGAAAAAUAUCACUUCUCUUGUCCCUCAGGGGGCACUUUUGAUGUAGCCGUGGGUCAGUGUGUGGUCGGCGCCCCUUGUAAUAUACUGUGUAGCGGGGGAGGUAUGGACCCACCUUCUCCAGACUGCCAGGAGUCCAUGACGUGCACGGCUGUGGGACUCUUCCCCAUGUGCACGACGUGUUACCAGCAGUACUUCAACUGUCACACCGUCGGCCAGCCAGCCACCGUUGAGACCUGCACAGGAUCCUUGCUCUUCAGCACCAACCCUUCUUCACCUUACUGUAUGAGGCCCGAAGACUGCCUCUAAUCAACGAUCUGAGCCCACCUUGCACUGGCCUCAACUCCACCACUCACUGUUCAAAAUUCACUGGACACUGCUUUAAGCUCACCGCCCACUGGACUCAUUCCACCACCCACUGGACUCACUCCACCACCCACUGGACUAACGUGAUGUCGUCAACACCCAAGUGCACUUGACCAAAUCUAUUUUUCCACAGUCCAACCCACCUGAGUACGCCACUUGCACCACCACCUAUACCCACUAUCUACACUUGCACCACCACCUAUACCUACUAUCUACACUUGCACCACCACCUAUACCUACUAUCUACACUUGCACCACCACCUAUACCCACUAUCUACACUUGCACCACCACCUAUACCCACUAUCUACACUUGCACCACCACCUAUACCUACUAUCUACACUUGCACCACCACCUAUACCUACUAUCUACACUUGCACCACCACCUAUACCCACUAUCUACACUUGCACCACCAACUAUACCCACCAUCUACACCUGCACUACCACCUAUACCCACCAUCUACACCUGCACCACCACCAGUAACUGAAUUUAAUACAGUUGUUACCAAUGAUGUGCACAACUGAACCAAAACACACACACACAC